UUUCAACUCGAUUCAAUUCCAUUCUUCUCUGUUGGACAUUUUACCAAACACUUACUUGUACCAUUUCCUUAUCGAUCACUUCUCAACUUGGUGCUAAUGGUUUCCGCCGAUCUCUGAUGGCCAACUUCUUAGCUCAGUUCCAGAGUAUCAAAACCUCAUUCGAUCGCAUCAUAAUUGCCGUUGAAGAUGUGAGUGAUUUGUGGCCUCUUGUCAAGAAGGGGUUUGAAGAAAAGUUGCCAUUCAAAAGAGCAUUUCUGAAUAACAAGACCCGUAAUUCAGUGCUUGUGGAUGAUCUGCCUGCGGAGUAUAUAUUGACAACAGAUUCAAGAAUUCGUAGCCGGUUUCCCCAAGAGCAAUCGCUGUUCUGGUUCCGAGAACCAUAUGCUACUGUGGUUCUUGUGACUUGUGAGGAUCUUGACGAGUUUAAAACUAUUCUUAAACCACGCCUGAAGCUAAUAGUUCAAAAUGACGAACGGGAGUGGUUUAUUGUUUUUGUGUCUAAAGCCCCAGUUCACAAUGAUCAGGCCACCAAGAUGGCCAAAAAAGUAUACGCCAAACUUGAAGUAGAGUUCAGCUCAAAGAAGAGGGAAAGGUGUUGCAAGCUGGAUAUACAUGGAAUUGAUGCAAAUUUUUGGGAAGACUUAGAGUUGAAAGUCACGGAAUGCAUAAGAAAUACACUUGAUCGGCGGAUUCAGUUUUAUGAGGAUGAAAUUCGCAAGCUUAGCGAACAGCGCUUUAUGCCCGUAUGGAAUUUCUGUAACUUCUUUAUUCUUAAGGAAAGCUUGGCUUUUAUGUUUGAGAUUGCUCAUCUCCAUGAGGAUUCAUUGCGGGAGUAUGAUGAACUAGAACUCUGCUACCUGGAAACAGUUAAUAUUAGUGGGAAACAACGGGAAUUUGGAGGUAUGGACCAUGGUGAUGAUCAAGCUGCAGUGCUGAACCUGGGAAAGAAAGCACUGACACAAAUGGUUCAAGACGAUUCAUUUCGGGAGUUUGAAUUUAGGCAGUAUCUGUUUGCCUGUCAAGCAAAGCUACUAUUCAAGCUAAAUCGCCCAUUUGAGGUUGCAUCAAGGGGUUACUCAUUCAUUAUUAGCUUCUCAAAAGUGUUGGCUCUACACGAGAGUGUAUUACCCUUCUGCAUGCGUGAAGCAUGGGUAAUAAAUGCUUGCUUGGCUCUAAUAAAUGCAACUUCCUCCCAUUACAAAGAUGGGCUAGCCGCAGCUGAUGUAGAACAGGAGUUUUAUCGUGUUCAAGGGGAUCUUUAUUCUUUAAGUCGUACUAAGUUAAUGCGACUUGCAUAUUUAAUUGGUUAUGGAUCAGUUAUACCAAGAAGUCCUGUGAACAGUGCUUCGCUCAGCAUGCUGUCAUGGCCUAAGCCAGCAGUUUGGCCUUCUCUUCCACCUGAUGCUUCGUCAGAGGUGCUUGUGAAAGAAAAGAUGAUUCUUCAAGAAGUUCCACAGGUAAAACACUUUGGCAUCCAGAGGAAACCACUACCCUUAGAACCAACUGUACUUCUACGUGAGGCAAAUCGCAGGAGGGCUUCUCUUUCUGCUGGAAAUGUGUUUGAGUUGUUUGAUGGUCGAACAAAUGCUGCCGAUGGCUCAACUUUACUCACUCCAUUGCCUAAAGCACAUGCUAUAUCAAUGUCACGAACAAAUUCUUCACCUGGAAACUUUGAGAGCAUGAUUGAUCGACCAAUGAGACUUGCAGAAAUUUAUGUUGCUGCUGAGCAUGCUUUGUGGAAUACCAUUUCUGAUGCAGAUCUAAGGAAAUCACUAUCCUCUACAGAGGAAUUUGAGCAAAAAUACCUGGAUCUGUCAAAAGGUGCUGCUGAAAAUUAUCAUCAUUCUUGGUGGAAGAGACAUGGAGUUGUCCUUGAUGGUGAAAUUGCAGCUAUUUACCAUAAAGUUGGAAAUUUUGAUCUAGCUGCCAAGUUGUAUGAGAAGGUUUGUGCUCUUUAUGCUGGUGAAGGAUGGCAGAAUUUGUUGGCUGAAGUUCUCCCCAGUUUAGCAGAGUGUCAGAAGAUACUCAAUGAUCAAGCUGGCUACCUGUCUUCUUGUGUCAGACUGCUGUCAUUAGAUAAAGGAUUGUUCUUGACCAAGGAACGCCAAGCAUUCCAGUCUGAAGUUGUUCGUCUAGCUCAUAGUGAGAUGAAACACCCUUUGCCUCUAGAUGUAUCCUCGUUGAUAACAUUUUCCGGCAAUCCUGGGCCUCCAUUGGAGCUAUGUGAUGGGGAUCCUGGUACCCUGUCAGUAACAGUUUGGAGUGGAUUUCCUGAUGAUAUUGUUCUUGACUCUUUCAGUCUCACGCUGACGGCCAUGAACAGUGCUGAUGAGGGCGUUAAGGCAUUGAAGAGCUCCAAUGCUACAACCUUGAAGCCCGGUAGAAAUACGAUCACAGUAGCCCUACCUCCACAGAAACCAGGUUCUUAUGUACUGGGUGUUCUCACUGGGCAGAUUGGUCAGUUGAGAUUCAGAUCACAUAGCUUUUCCAAAGGUGGACCAGCAGACAGUGAUGAUUUUAUGAGUUAUGAGAAGCCGACAAGGCCUAUCUUGAAGGUAUUCAACCCGAGACCUCUGGUUGAUCUUGCUGCAGCUGUCUCAUCCGCUUUGCUGAUGAAUGAAUGUCAAUUGGUUGGCAUUGUUGUCAAGCCAAUAAACUACCCUCUUAAGGGUGCUAUACUGCACAUAGACACUGGUCCUGGUUUGAGUAUUGAACAGGCAUAUGGAAUCGAAAUUGAGAGGUAUGCUGAUGGAUCCCGUGAUGCAUCUGACUUUGGUCCCUCAGAGUUAUCUGUAGAUCAUGAGGCUCAUGCUUCGGCAGAAGCUAAGCAGUUGACACUCCACGAUGGAAAGAUUGAGUUGCCUGAUUGGGCAAGCAAUAUAACUUCUAUAUUGUGGAUUCCAAUGCGUGCUAUCAGCGAGAGAUUGAAUAGAGGAACACAAGCAGGUGCUGCAGUUUCACAGAGGCAGAGUGUUGUGGAUGGAUUACGGACAAUAGCUCUGAAACUUGAAUUUGGUGUAUCAUGUAACCAGACAUUCGAAAAGACCUUAGCAGUCCACUUUACAGAGCCUUUCCAUGUCAGUACACGUGUUGUAGAUAAAUGCAAUGAUGGUACUCUGCUUUUACAGGUGAUACUUCAUUCACAAGUGAAAGCUUCACUGACGGUCUAUGAUGCUUGGCUGGAUCUUCAAGAUGGCUUUACUCAUAUUGGCAAAGGUGAUAGGAGACCAACUUCUGCCUUCUUUCCACUCACCAUAUCUCCAAAAGCAAGAGCUGCAACUUUGUUCAGUAUAGGUCUUGAGAAUGCAUUGCCCAAAGAUCAAGUAGAGGCAGUUCAUUCUGAUAGCAUACUCAAUAUACAAUAUGGAAUUUCGGGUAGUAGAACUCUUGGAGCCCACACACCCAUGGAUGCGAAACCUAUUGCCUCUGAUGAUUCUGUGAAGCAGUUGAAUUUCAGGAGUGCUCUUGUUUUGCAGCGACCCGUACUGGACCCUUUCCUUGCGGUUGGUUUCCUACCUCUUCCUUCAAGUGGACUCCGAGUUGGCCAGCUGGUGACAAUGCAGUGGAGAGUUGAGAGGUUAAAAGAUCUUGGGGAAAAAUCAGAAAAUAACGAUGAAGUACUGUAUGAGGUAAAUGCUAAUUCUGAGAAUUGGAUGAUUGCCGGGAGGAAAAGGGGUCAUGUUUCGCUCUCCGCAAAACAAGGUUCAAGGAUGGUGAUUUCAAUAUUAUGCUUACCACUGGUUGCUGGAUAUGUGCAUCCCCCUCAACUGGGUCUGCCAGAUUUGGACGAGGCACAUAUAAGUUGCAAUCCUCCUGGCCCUCAUCUGGUCUGCGUCUUGCCCCCAACUAUGAGCUCUUCUUACUGUAUCCCCACAUAACAGCUCAUGAAUUAUCUUCAUGUCACUCUGUCUACAACUGCCUUGUUUCCUGAAGACUGCAAGGUUAAAUGUGUAAGAGACAAAGUAGCCAGUUUGGUCAUCACUGGGACUUUUGUACAUUUAUGUUCUUUACACUGUAGGAAGAGUACCUACUACUUCAGUGUACUAGUAUUCUGCGGAUUGUAAUUUUUCCUUCGCCUUCUGUACAGUUUGAGUUUUACUUGUACAAGAGUGUUUCAAGCGGUACAACGAAAACCAAACAGAAUUGAGAGUUUGUGGCAUUUUGAUGGCCAGAAUCUUCUUGUAGUUGGAAUCUUGUCAGGAAAUGGAACCAUGAGCAGGGACAAAAAAAUGGUAUAUAGUCAAGUUGGUCAUA